UUGAAUUUUUGAACUCUAUUUUGUCAAGUGGAAAGAAUUUUAGAAAGACUGAAAGAGAGUAAAAGGGGCAGACCCAAAUUGUAAAAUGCCACCUCAGUCCCCACCCCCUAAACCCCAAAACUUCACCUUCUUCCACGGCCACCGCAAACCCUCACAGAACCGCCCUAGAGUCCGCGGCGGCCUCUUCUCCAACCGCGUCUCCCUCCCAAACCGCAGAUACCCCAUCGCCGCCCCCCAACCUCAGCCCUUCGAACUCUCCAAAUGGGAUCCACACCUCCCCCAAUCCUCGCCGUCCACUUCAUCAUCCAACCCUGCUGACACGACACUCCUCUCAUUUCUCUCCCCUAUCGCGCGCUUCAUUCUCGAUGCGUUCCGCAAGAACCAGAACCACUGGGGCCCACCAGUCGUCUCGGAGCUCCGAAAGCUCCGCCGGGUUACGCCCGACCUCGUCGCCGAGGUGCUCAAGGUCCAAAACGACCCCGUCUCCGCUUCCAAGUUCUUCCACUGGGCAGGUAAGCAAAAGGGUUUCAAGCACACUUAUGCUUCCUACAAUGCCUUGGCCUAUUGUCUGAACAGGUCCAACCGGUUCCGGUCCGCGGACCAAGUCCCAGAGUUGAUGGACUCGCAGGGCAAACCGCCCAGCGAGAAACAGUUUGAGAUUCUCAUCAGAAUGCACUCCGAUGCCAAUAGAGGUCUUAGGGUUUAUUACGUGUAUGAAAAAAUGAAGAAAUUUGGGGUUAAACCCAGGGUUUUCUUGUACAAUAGGAUCAUGGAUGCAUUAGUGAAGUCGGGUUAUUUGGAUUUGGCAUUAUCGGUUUACGAAGACUUUAGGGGUGAUGGGCUGGUCGAGGAGAGUGUUACUUUUAUGAUCUUGAUAAAGGGUCUUUGUAAAAUGGGAAGAAUGGAUGAAAUGUUGCAGCUUUUGGAGAGAAUGAGGGUGAAUUUGUGUAAACCGGACGUGUUUGCAUACACGGCAAUGGUUAAGGUUUUGAUUUCAGAGGGGAACUUGGACGGCUGUUUGAGGGUUUGGGAGGAAAUGAAGAGAGAUAGGGUAGGGGCAGACGUUAUGGCAUAUGCAACUCUGGUUACGGGUCUGUGUAAGGGAGGGAGGGUGGAGAAAGGAUACAAGUUGUUUAGGGAGAUGAAGGUUAAGGGUUUCCUGAUUGAUAGAGCUAUUUACGGGGUGUUGAUUGAGGGGUUCGUGGCAGACAGGAAGGUUGGAGCGGCAUGUGAUUUGUUGAAGGAUUUGAUGGAUUCAGGGUAUAGGGCAGAUUUGGGGAUAUAUAAUUCUCUUAUUGAGGGUUUAUGUAAUGCGAAGCGGGUUGACAAAGCUUAUAAGAUUUUCCGAGUUACAGUUCAAGAGGGUCUUCAGCCAGAUUUUGCUACGGUGAAUCCCAUUUUGGUGUCUUAUGCUGAGAUGAGAAGAAUGGAUAACUUUUGCGAUAUGCUUGCAGAGAUGGAGAAAUUUGAUUUUCCUGUUAUUGAUGAUCUUUCAAAAUUCUUUUCCUUUAUGGUAGGAAAGGAGGAUGGAGUACCGUUAGCUUUGGAAGUGUUUGGGGAGUUGAAGGUUAAAGGUUAUUAUAGUGUUGGAAUCUACAAUAUCCUUAUGGGAUCCCUCCACAAAUCUGGGAAAGUGAAGAAAGCAUUGUCUCUCUUUAAUGAAAUGAAGGAUGUGGAUUUGCAGCCCGAUGCGUCUACUUAUAGCAUUGCAAUUAUGUGUUUUGUUGAAGAUGAGGACAUCCAUGAGGCUUGUGCCUCUCAUAAUAAGAUAAUUGAGAUGUCUUGUGUUCCUUCUAUCUCUGCUUACUGUUCUCUUGCAAGAGGUCUUUGCAAAGUUGGCGAGAUUGAUACAGUUAUGCUGCUUGUUCGUGACUGCUUAGCCAGUGUGACAAGUGGGCCCAUGGAAUUCAAGUAUUCUCUUACCAUUCUCCAUGCAUGUAAAUCUAAUAAUGCUGAGAAGGUGAUUGAAGUACUAAACGAGAUGAUGCAGCAGGGUUGUCCUCUGGAUGAUGUUAUAUACUCUGCUAUAAUCUCUGGCAUGUGUAAGCAUGGAACAAUAGAGGAGGCAAUGAAGAUAUUUUCUAAUUUGAAAGAGCGCAAACUUUUAACAGAAGCCAACAUGUUUGUGUAUGAUGAAGUAUUAAUUGAACACGUGAAGAAGAAGACGGCAGAUCUGGUGGUGUCAGGAUUGAAGUUUUUUGGUUUAGAAUCCAAGUUGAAAGCAAAGGGUUGUAAACUGCUGUCGGGAUGAAUUAUGAAGCCAGUCUUCAGAGUGGCAGAUGGUGCACCUUUCCAGGGUAGUGUUAUGAGGCUUCAUAUCAGCGGGCAUCAUGAGUGGGGUUUGUUUUUUCAGUGUCUCAUAACUUCUCCAACAGCUAGAUUGUGCUUUAGCUCGGCAUAUUUUGGAAAAGAAUCAAGAAUAUUUUGUUUAUCAGAUAUUAAGUGCAAAGAGGUGUUAAAGUUAUCUUCAAGUUACCAAUAACGGAAGUCUCAAACGGCCGAGAUGAUGGGUUGAAAAAGUUUCAGGGCAGCAGAGAGGCCCUCGUAUGGAUGUGGAUGGGGAGGCUGAUUCUUGAUAUAUGUGGAGAAGAAAACCUAGUUCAUAACUUCCAUUCUGUGUACAGGUCUAAGCCGUUUACAUGGUUAUCUGUCUUCCAGUAACCAAGUCUAUCAAUCAAAUUAUUGUUGUUCUUGUAAUAAAGUCUAUGAGGGUUGAUAUUCCAUUGAUAGCAGGGGGAGAUAUUUUUCUCAAGGCAAACUCCAAGUUCCCAUUUCAAUGACAGUGAUGGGCUGAACAUGCAGGAGUUAAUGUUUCCUAAGUUUUUUUGCAGUAGGUCAAAGAUGACAGAUCUGAAAUGUUCAUAAUAUGUGGGAGAAAUGGAGUCUGCAAUGCCAAUUUCAUGUAAUCCGCAAUAUUCAAGGCGACUUUUGAGUUUUGGCAUAGUAGAUUUAUUUCAUGAACCUUUUCUACUUUGUAUUCUGUAUCUUGAAAUAAAUUAUAAAAAAAAAUUCAGAAUUGA